AUGGCAACAAGAUUUGAUUUGAGAAAUGAGGUUUUCUUGGCGUGUGGAGCUCAUUUGAUUGACAUACUAGCACCAACUACAUACGUCUUCUUCGCUUCAGCCCUUCCUGUUAUUGCCUUCGAUGAGCAACUUAGUACAGAUACAGAUGGAAGCUUAAGCAUAGUAGAAACAUUAGCUUCUACUGCUAUUUGUGGCAUCACACACUCGAUCCUUGGUGGGCAACCUCUUUUAAUAUUAGGAAUUGCAGAACCAAUUGUCAUAAUGUACACUUAUUUGUACAACUUUGCUAAAGGAAGGGAAGAUUUAGGGUAA